AUGACGGAGUCGUUUUCGUUCGCGUCGAUCCUGAAUCCUCGUCAAGAGACACAGGACAAAAAUGUCGUCUCGGACGUCCCCCGACAUCCUGCAGAAUCAUCACGAGACCGACGACGCAAUCCUCACCCGUUCGGAAAGCCUUCCGAACUGCUUCAGAAGAUCGGUCUCCGAGGAAAAGAAGUAGUGAGCAUCCUCAAAGACCGGGGCUGGGAGGCGUGCGACCCCAAGGCUCUUCAGGAACACAAACUAUACUACAUCCCAGGAGGCAAAGCCAAAGGCGAGGUGGCUGUACAAGGCGAAGAUUUCUUUGUAGGGGAGGGCGAACUAUACGCUUACAUUCUGGAAAAAGGUGGAUUGCACUACUUGCUGCCUGAGGAAGGCUAUUCGACUGAGUCGGACUUCGAAAUCCUAGACCAACGACCUCCUCCAGUGCAUCAAAACGAAUUUGACGCGCGGACGAAUAAUGCACAAACAAUCGGAAACUCCGGUGAGUUAUUACAGGCGUCUUCCGAUACACCAAUGUCAGCGUCAGAUCCCGAGCAGCCAAAGCGAAAACGUCGGAAGAAUCUUUCAACUGCUAGCGGGAAGAAAGCAAAGCCAGCCAAACGUCAAGUGCAAAAGCCAUGCAAAAGAGUUGACGGAAAACCUGCAGCAUCAGCGACUGAGUGUCGCGUGAAAGAGGAGAAAAUUCCUUUCGUCAUUGCUGAUGGUUGUGGCCACUUGGUGGAGUUUGGAGCGUACGAAGCAGCUCUGACAGCUCGAGGUUGGCGCGCACAACUGCUUCAAGAUAUUGAUCUGCACUUGUUACGAUGUGUUGCUGCCAUCGCUCGCCGUCAACGAGCACUCGAAGUUACUAGCGGGGAACAAAACUUUUCGCUUUUUUUUCUACCAAGCGAAGGAAACUGUACCCCUCAUGAAGGGGUUCAUCGGGAGCUCAAGGUGGUCUCAUCCGGCAUCACUGCAUCGCAGAACGAUCUCUCAUCGAUGGUAGCUGCCAUUAUCGGGCAGGCGGAGAGGACGCAGAGUCCUGAACGUGUCGAGUGUGCCGCUCGUAUUGGGAUCCCUGGCUUUGUGUCAACAGGUUGUGGAAAUUUGAUGCUCAUGAGGGACAUCGACCGUCACUUGCUUCUUAUCGUCGCAGCCGUGCGUCAAUACCUCCGGGCGAGAAACACGUCCAAUUACAGCGACGGUGACAUCAAACGCUCAGAUCUUCGAGCGCUUCAGCUCAACAUUGAAAAAAUGAAUGCUGAGCUGACGGAACUACUGACGAUCAUCAACAUCCUAGCUGACAGAAACCUCAACAACACCGAUACAUUAACUUGA